ACCUUAUUAUUGCCGGUACCGUCUGUUCUGUAGUCUAAAGUGACUUCUUCGGGUUCUCAUUUAGUCCUCGGCAAACUACUAACCCGCCUGCGGCUCCCCGCCUCGUGACUCCAGUCUAAGCCGCCGUGGCGCUACGUGUUUCCGCCGCUGGGGCGGGACGCGGCUUCCUGGGGAGCAACCAGCGUCUACAAACGCAAACCCCGCUUGGGAGAAAUGGAGGCUGCAGCCGACGAGUUAUCCGAUACCAGUGAUGCCUGCGACUCCGGCAGGCUGGCGGCCCGGCUGCAGGCCCAGCUGGUGGAUGUGUUACGGGAAGUGGAGGACAUGCGGGCUGCGGCGCUGGCGUCUGAAAGCACCAAGGAGCAGGCCGUCGAGGACAUGUGUCGGCGCUGCCGAGAGCAGCUGGACAGUUUGCGGUCCGCCAUCACAGGGUCUUCUGCUGCCUACACAGCCCAGAUGAAAUCUGUGAAAGCCCAGAAAUGCCAGGGAGCGGACCCAGACACGGGGCAGGCCUGUCACCCAACAGCCUCCCCCUCAAAAGACCAGUCAGAAACCCUGGCAGAUGGAGAAAGAGAUCCAUCGGAGAUCUUUCAGGUGGAUCUGGAGGGAGUACAGACAUGCAGUGCAGAGCUCACAGAGGAGUCCGAAGCAGCCGGACUGUUUGACUUGGAGCUGCAGGGCGGGGGCGACAUGUUUGCUCGCAACUGUGAUAGUGCCUCACUGGCUUCGUUCUCACUAAGUACACCUUCCAUUAGACGCCGUUUUGGACCAGAGCAGGAAGACACAGCUUCGGUGAUAUCCUCUGGGACACUCGUUCCUGAAGCCAUCUACAUCCCACCACCAGGGCACAGGGUCGUCCCAGAGAGUGAGUGGAAUCACCUGCAUGCCGAGGUGAAGCUCCUGCAGGCUUCACUAAGUCAGGCCACUGUGGAACUGGACCGGGUUAAAGAAGAGAGGAGCAGCCUGGAAGAAGAGCUGGAGAGGAGCGCUGAGGAGUGGAGCAGGCAGGUGGCACUGCUCACCAGCCAAGUUCAGAGCUCAGAGUCUGUGUUGCAGGACCUGCAGAAAACGUUCUACCAAUCGCAGAGUCAGGUGCAGGAGCAGCUGGCCGAGCUUUCCCAGUCCCACAGGAAGGUCUGUUACGAGCUGACACGGCUGUCCACUGAAAACCAACGUCUACGGGGCACCGUCCCUGCACACUCUGGGACCCAUGGCUCUGUACAGGAAAUGCCUCACCUACAGGGACCACCCAGCCACAUGGAGGAGAGGUUACGCAUUGAGAUCAUCAACCUGAGAGAGCAGUUGGAGACUCGCACAGAGAUGAGUGAGGUGCUAGAAGGUGAGCCCUGAUUGGCUGCUUCACAGUAGGUCUGCGUGUUUGUGUUUAAUGCAUAUGUAAGGGAAUGUGUAUCCCUCACGUCUCCACUUUUAUCAUUCGUAGUUCAGCUGGCUAGUCUCAAAACCGAAGUUGAACGCAUCCAGAGCGAGAGGCUCCAGCUGGAAUCAGAGUUGGCACAGAGUCGCUGUGAGCUAUCUGACAUGAAGGAGGUGUUGGCCCAACUGCAGAGGCGAGCGCAGGAGGACGAUGCAGAGAAGAAAGCCUUCAGGCAACAGCUGGCAGAGGAACGGACCAAGAGCCUUCGGCUGCAAGCUGAGCUGGACACGAGCGAGGUGGUGCAGCGGGACUUUGUGCGAUUGUCCCAAAUGCUGCAGGUCCGGCUAGAGCGAGUACGCCAAGCCGAAUCUUUGGAUCAAAUUAAGGACAUUCUAGACCAGACCCAUCUGUCUGAUAUCAAAGAUACCAAAGAAGACUGAGCCAAUCGAGAGUGAACUAUCACUGGAGAGGGGUGGGCUUCAAUGGUGAACUGCUCAGCUGGCCUGUCGAACUUCAUCUCAGGUGAUUUCUGAUUCUAAACCCAGAAUAAAGAUUGACAUUACUGUA